AUGUUAGCAAGCCUCACAAAUGCCGGCAUCCUCGAUCCAAAUAAAUUGGAAAUUAUCAGCUACAGCCUUGGAGGACAUACAGCUGGAUUUAUCGGUGCCAAGUUCCAGGAGGUAACAGGGCGCAAGCUCAACAGGAUAACGGCAAUAGAUCCUGCUGGAUUCUGCUUCAGAUAUCGACCGCCGGAAUAUCGCUUAGACGAAACCGAUGCUGACUUCGUAGAUGUUAUACACAGUGAUGUAGAUGGUUUUGGUAUUUUGGCACCUUUAGGCCAUGUAGACUUUUACGUGAUGUUGAAAGAUGCUCGCUAUUCUUUCCUCCCUUGUUUCUUUGUUUGUAGGCAUCUAAGAGCAUUCCAGAUUUGGAUUAAGGCUCUAAGACACCCUGACGGCUUUGUUGGUUUGCGAUGCAAAUCAAUUCAUCAAGCGAGGACGGGAAAUUGUUAUCACAAUUAUCCUAUGGUAACUAAUGUGUUGGGCGAGAAAUCUGAUCGGGGGAAACGAGGAAUUUACUACUUGCCAACAACUGCUUUUCCGCCUUACUAUAUGGGUAAAAGUGGUAUAGUGAGGGAUUAGUGUGAGUUUUUUAAGUUUACAAUUAUCUUCGCUCGUGAGCGUAAUUAGAUUUUUUUAUAUAAACUGCAGCGUCCUUAGCGGUAACUAUCAAGAACUACAAAUUCUUAACGUUUUCAGUACUUAGACUAGCCACUCUAUGGAGUUCAAAGAUUUGCUAAGGGAAACAUCUGUCUUGUUUGA